AUGGUGUGCCGCGCGCCGAUUACCAGUUACGCCGCUGCAGCCAGCUAUUCUCGGGACUGUGAACGGAAAGAGGAACACUGGGAACGGACUCCCCUGACGCAAGCUGACGAAAUUCAUCCGAGAAAGAAUCCCAGUUACUCCGAUGAUCGAAGUAGCGCGACGCGUAGGGAAAUGUUUCUGCAAAGCCACAGUGAGGAGAACACCAGUAUGUUGAAGUGCUAUUGUUUGAAGGAUAUUGUGCGCCUUCGUGGGUUGUUUAUGGUGUCUGUGGUACUUUUCAGUUUGUGCUUUGCUUCUGCUGAGAAAGAUUUCGAUUGGAAAAUACGCGUGUUGAUUGUAACCAGAGCGACGCCGAGGGAUGGCCACCUGCGUUUCUUCCGCUCGCUCAGGGCAGCCGAGAUUCCCGUGGAGAUUGUGCAAACGAGUGAUGAGAACAGUGAGAUCUCAAAAGUCCUCGAGACUAUACGAUACUAUAAUCAGGAUGAGGUGCUGAUGUUAACAAAUAGCGACCAGUAUCUCGCGACGCAGGAGGCCCCCGUCGCCGCCUGGACCGUGAUCGGGGAGGCGGCGCGGCAGGAGGCGGCGGUGCUCCUGCCGUUCCCCGCGCUGCCCCGCGUCAUGAGCUACGAGGUCCAUGACCAGCUGGAGAGGGUGCAGGAACUGAAGCAUCUUCGGGUCCGAGAGGAACAGCAUCAGAGGCAGGCCAGGCCGGAUACCAAAUCCUUCGACGCUUUUGCCUUCGUGGGACUAACGAAUUCGGUGCAGCAUCUUCUAGACCGCCUGGAGACGAGGCAUCACCAGGGGUCACUGGGUACGAUGUGGCGUGUCCUGGCUGAGAGCCCUGGCUUAAGGAAACGUGCGGGCGCUGCGCUGGACCAUCGCUACGUUGCCUUUCGUAGGGCGAAUACCUUGGAGACAGGCAACUUCGGCUUCCGCGAGCGCCUGGACGGACACCCCAUCCUGCACACCAAGGACCUGACGCUGCCGCCCUUCCUGUACGGGACGCCCCUCACCCUGCCCGCCAGCCUCGCCAGCAUGGUCGCCAGGGAGGUCACGUUCAAGUUCAUCUGCGAGGACUGCCCCGACGAGCCCCUGCCGCGCCCGCGGCUGAAGGCGAAGAUCUUCCGAGCGUGA